CCGGAUCCGCCGCACACUGGAGUUGUACACAGUAGAGGACUUCCGGUUAGCGCUCUGCUGUCUGUUCCUUCUCAUUGUUUGCGGUGCUGUGCUUCUAUCCCCGGACAUGAAGUGUGAAUUCAUGGAAGUUGUAACCUGUUUGUAAGGAAACAAUUGGAUUUGAAGACAAAUCUAAAUACGUUGGAUACAGUUGCUCACAACUCUAGAAAUCUUCAAGAUUCCUCAGCCACGUGAUAUGGAUACUCAAUCAACGUCUCCCCUGAAGAGGAAGUCUGAUGCUUUAGAGCCAUCAGCUAAGAAAGUUUGUACAUCAGAAGGUCACGCCUCAACAGUUGCUGCACACUACAAUGAACUCCAGGAGAGUGGGUUAAAGGAACGCAGCCAGUCCCGAAUCUUUUAUCUAAGAAACUUCAAUAAUUGGAUGAAAAGUGCUCUGAUAGGGGAGUUUUUGGAUAGAUUACGGCGGAAGAAUCAUCGAAAUGUUACAGUGCUUGAUCUGGGUUGUGGAAAAGGUGGAGAUCUGCUAAAGUGGAAGAAAGGCAGGAUAGAUAAACUUGUGUGUACAGAUAUAGCGGAAGUUUCUGUCCAACAGUGUGAACAGCGGUAUUCUGAUAUGAAAGCACGGAACCACAGAGAACAUAUUUUUGAAGCAGAGUUUGUGACUGCAGAUUCUACAAAGGAGCUUUUAUCUGAGAAGUUGAAGAAUCCAAACAUCACUUUUGACAUUUGCAGCUGUCAAUUUGUUUAUCAUUAUUCAUUUGAGACAUAUGAGCAGGCUGACAUGAUGCUGAGAAAUGCUUGUGAGCAACUUUGCCCUGGAGGCUACUUCAUCGGCACUACUCCAGAUGGCUUUGAGCUGGUGAAGCGCCUUGAAGCUUCUGAUACAAAUUCAUUUGGGAAUGAUGUAUAUAGUGUGACUUUUCAAGAAAAGGGGAACUACCCACUAUUUGGAUGCAAAUAUGAUUUUAAGUUAGAAGGUGUGGUUAAUGUCCCUGAAUUUCUGGUGUACUUCCCAGUACUCGUAGAAAUGGCCAAGAAAUAUAAUAUGAAACUUAUUUACAAGAGGACCUUUAAAGAAUUUUUUGAAGAGAAGGUUAAAAAUGACGAACAGAAUAUGUUGCUAAAAAAAAUGCAGGCUUUGGAGCAAUAUCCUUCAGCUCCUAACUCCAGCUUAGUUUCACAAAAUGAAGAGGAUUAUGAACAUGCUAGAACUGUAAAGGAAAGUGGAAAAGCAAAGCUGCCGCUGGGCACUUUAAGCAAAUCUGAAUGGGAUGCUACAAGUAUAUAUUUAUUAUUUGCCUUCGAAAAACAGACUUAAAUGAAGAAUGAAUAUACUUCUGAAAAGAUUCAGAUGGACAUUUUUUUUUUCUUCUUGUGUAUGUUAUGUAUAUACAUUUUGUUACACUUCAUGUGCAUGUAGGUGUUGCGCACAUAUCUGUUCAAGUGCGAGUUGCAUAUGCUUGUCUGUGAGGGGCUGGAGUGUAAAUAAGAAAAGCAUAGCUAUUUUGUACAAAUGUUUUAAGUAGAAUUAGAGUUUUUUUUUUUUUUUUAUUCUCCAGAGGUACUCAUUUAUGUUUGGGGGGGGGGGGGGGGAAGUCUUGCAUGCACGGAGUGUGUUUUUUUUUUGUUUUUUUUUUUACUUAGGUGUGCAACCAACAUUAAAUCUCUUCUAUGUUCUGUUGCAAAUUUGCCUGUUAUUCUGCAAUGUUACUGAACAUUAAAGUGUACCUCCAAUUAUAAUCCUAUUUCUACAGAUCUCAAGUAAAAGUUACAAUA